GAAUCAGCAGCAGCAUGUCGACCGUAUUCGUAGUCACCCUCAUCCUCUUUGGAUUGCUUCAGGUUGUAUACUGCCAGGAUAACACAACUGCCACGCCCACGGACUACUGUCAAAGUGGCUUGUGUAAUAUUCUGAAAAAGCACAUCGCCUGCAGAAACAAAGGAGAGUUUAGCAAACAGUGUCCCACCGACGCCCAGUUGGUUAAUCUUAGUGGUUUGCAUGAUCUGAUCCUGGAUGAGCAUAAUGCUCUUCGAAAUGUCCUUGCUGCUGGUAAGAUCACGAACUUACCUCAACCCGAUCGCAUGGCCACACUGCAGUGGAAUGCCGAACUAGAGGAUCUGGCCACACUGAAUGUGAAGCAGUGUGUUCUGCAGCACGAUCCUUGUCACAAUACCCCUGACUUUCACAACUCUGGUCAGAACCUAGCCUCUAUUAACAUAACCCUGCUCCAGGGAGAGGGAAAUCACACGGAUGAGUGUCUGAUAAAGGAGUCCAUUGGAGGCUGGUGGAACCAGAGUGCCAAUAUCACGAAGGAGCAAUUGCAGCGUUUUCCCAAGGGAAAACUGGGAGAUUCCAUUAGGAAUUUUGCUGUCAUGGCCCGUGACAACAACACUUUCGUGGGCUGUGCCGCCGUGAGAUUCGACAGGCCCGCGGGUCAUCCUCAAUUUUUGCUGGCCUGCAAUUAUGCCAGCAACUAUAUUCCGGAGUGGCCAAUCUACCGGGAGAAAGCCAUAGGCUGUCAGACGGGCUCUGAUACCAAAUAUCCAGCCCUUUGCAAGGCUGGCGAGAAGUAUCAGGAACUUCCGAGGGAGGAAAGCCCCAAGGUGAAGAGCUAUUGGAGGCUGUAGGAGUGCCAGAAAUAACACCUAGCCGAAGGGUUCGAGUGGGCGGAGGUGCACUCACAGUCUAUUUAACAUGUUGAUUUGUGUCACCGUGCGUGGUGGUCAUAUAUCAUCUCACAGUCGCAUUAGCACAGACACCUGAAAAGCAGUGAUGGCAGCUUUUCAGAGACUUUCAGAAAAAUAAAUAAUAAAUGUGAAAAC